AUGCCGUCUGGAGAUCCUCAGCAGAUGGUGGUUCUCGUAACCGGUGGCACAGGUCUAGUUGGAAAGGCAAUUGAGCAGAUAGUGAACACCGAAGAAAAACGAGACAACGAGAAAUGGUUGUUCAUCGGAAGCAAAGAUUGUGAUCUCUGUGAUGUACAAGCCACUAGGCAAUUAUUUGAGGCUGUGAGGCCUACCCAUGUGAUUCAUCUGGCUGCUAUGGUUGGAGGAUUAUUCCAGAAUUUGAAGCAUAAUCUCGAAUUCUUCAGGAAAAACUCGGCCAUAAAUGAUAAUGUGCUCGCGAUGUGUCACGAAUUUGAUGUCGCCAAAUGCGUUUCUUGCCUGUCAACGUGUAUCUUCCCCGAUAAAACAACUUAUCCCAUUGAUGAGACAAUGGUCCAUUUGGGUCCUCCUCACUUUUCAAACUUUGGAUACUCUUAUGCUAAGAGAAUGAUUGACGUUUUGAACAGGGCAUAUGCACAAGAUUAUGGUCGAAAAUUCACAUCUGUGGUCCCUUGUAAUGUUUUUGGACCCCACGACAACUACAAUCUCCAAUCUAGUCAUGUUAUUCCCGCUUUAAUUCACAAAACCUACAUCGCGAAAAAAGAAGGGAAACCGCUAGAGGUUUUCGGAACGGGUCGUCCUCUUCGUCAGUUCAUAUACUCGCUUGACUUAGCACGACUUUUUGUCUGGGUACUUCGCAGUUAUGACGAAGUAGAUCCCAUAAUUCUCUCGGUAUCUGAAGAAGACGAAGUUUCGAUAGCCGACGCUGUAAAAGCAAUCGUUAAGGCGUUUGAUUUUCAGGGAGAAGUGAAGUUCGACUCCUCGAAAGCAGACGGUCAGCUGAAGAAAACUGCCUCAAACGCCAAGCUUCGCCGUUAUCUACCCGACUUCAAAUUUACUCCCUUUGAGCAAGCUGUCAAGGAAUCUGUCGACUGGUUCAUCAAAAACCAUGAUUCCGCUCGUCUUUAGUCCAUUCAUUUGAGCAUUUAUGAUUCCACGGCACUCCCUUCUGUGAUAACUUUUAUGGGUUGAAGAUGUGUUUUGACGCCUUAUUGGUCAGCGCUUAUUCUCAAGCUAGCCGUUCUUAUGCUAUAGUUUAGUCAACUAUCUAGGUCCUGUUGUAGUCAACUGCAUUUAUGAUGAGCCUUUCAUUUAAUUUCUAUUUAUUGCUUUAGUUUGCCUGAGC